AUGGACCCGGAACCGAACUCACUAUGUUGGGCAGUACUGAAUGGAAACAACCACGUUGGUGGCCCGACCCGAACAGUGCCCAGUUUCGUGACGCGCGUGGUGCGUCCCAGCCCCGCGUACGGACGCAGCGGACGUCGUUGCGCUGUCCAAAAGUCUGGGUGCGAGUCUGCUGCGCUGCUGCCGCGGAAGCGGUGGCGGCGAUGGCGUCCGUACACCUCCCGUAGUGCGUCCGUCGCACCAGCAGUGGUUCAGGCGGUUUCAGAACCCAGUCCUGGCUCCGAGGACGCAGAACGGGUACCUCGCAGCGACGACGACGUGGACGUGCAGGUGUCUGCGUCGACCGAAGCCUUAGCGGAGCGUCUGCUCUCAGAGAUACACCGAAGACUGCAGGAGUCGCUCGAGGGUCAGCUGAGGGUGGAGCUUGCUCGGCAACGGGCGAUCGAUCGGAUCGACUUACUGGUGGCUGUCGAGCUCGUGAAACUCCGCGAGAAGCUGCAGCUGCUUUUCGACAGCUAUCGAGAGCGGCUGACCUUGCGGACGGAAGAGAUGGAUCGGCGCGCUAACGAGCUAGCACCCUCGUGGGCACAGGUCGAGGAGCGCCUGGAAGCCGCGCAAGAGCGCGCUCGCGUCCUCCGUCAGACACAGGACGAGAUCGAGUCUUUGCUGCGCGGAUCACCGCAUACACCAGUGCCCCGGUCAGGUGCGGCUCCCAAACACGCCGAACGCACGUCACUUGUACGGUUUGAUGAGAGCGCUGGCGCAGCGCUUCCGAGUCGGCAGGCAUUGCAGCAGGGCAGUGCAUGGCGUCUCGAGGAGGAGCAAGCCCUCUCUCCCUACUGGGUAUUUUUCUAUGGCUGGCUCAGCGCACUCGCGGGUCUAGAGGCGAGCAUGGCGGUCUCGAGUGCGCAUGGUGUAUCUGCAUACACGGCGCUGAGCGGCACAGUGUGCCUACUCCUACUGGGUCAUGCAGUGCGCCUUGGAUGGGCAGCGAGACGACAGCACCAAGCGACUCGUGGUCAACAGCCUGCGUUGCCGUCGUGCAGGGUCGUGUCGUCCGGCACGCAGGCCGCAACAACGCCAUCAACGGAGGGCCAGACCGAGCCAACCUCGCUGCAGCAAAGCGAAUAG